ACGUCGCGCAGCUGCGGCGGGUCUGGCGGCGCGCGCGGGGAUGGAGCAGCCGCUGGCGACGCGCUCGGGGCGCCUCCGCUCGGCCGCUGGUUUCAUUGCUGUCAUCUAAAGAAAACUGAUCAUCGGGAACUGGCAUCACAGAGUUUAAGCUAUUACUCCAGUGAGCUGACUAAAUGGCUGCCCUUGAUGGACAUAAAGUCUCUUCACUCCUAAAAUGUGGCUACUGGUUCUCCCUUCUUCUGUCUGUCCUCCAAGGUGUUGUGAAAGCUGAACACUGCAAUAUGCUUGGAUACUCCUUGAUGAAAUGAGACUUUUUAUGGUAAUACAAAACUACCUAACACUUUUUAUUUGCAAAGAAGAACCCUACUGUUGUACCAAGAGUACAAAAGCUUCUGUCACAAUAACAUUGAACAGCUUUGAUUUGGAACCUAGAUCUGCCAUACUAUGUGAAAUACAAACAGGAGAUAAGCAGCCUCUGCCUCCAAGAGUUUGCAUUUUAUAACUAAAAUCCAAAUUAGGUCUUUCUCCUCUACAAAGAAACUGUGUUGCCAAGAUUUACUCCAGAAAUGACCUACACUACUGACUGCAGAUGUCUGCAAAUGUAGAAGCUGAUAAAUUUUAUCUCCUUUCCUCCUUGGACUUUCCUGUUUCCUAUGGAAUUUAUACUUCUGAGUAUUUUUAAAAUCAGACCUCUGUUGAAGACAUUUGGAUUACAACUGUGAGCAUAUCUAUGCAAAGAGACGAGCUAACCUGAGCAAUUUUGAGUUUUGUUCAGUGGAGGGACUGCUGUAUGUCAGCCAUGCUAAAGGGCAAGUGAUGGAGCUCUGAACCGGGUGCUUCAGCAGAUCAGAGUGCCACCUAAAAUGAAGAGAGGGACGAGCCUGCACAGCAGGCGGGGCAAAGCAGAUGCCCUGAAAGGAAGUCCACAGAUCAACAGGAGGUCUGCUCAAGAAACUCAAUCAGGUCGGCCCAGAUCGUCAUCUACUACAGAUGCUCCCACAAACUUGUCCAUGAUGGAGAUUGCUUCUUCUGUCUAUGUAGGUGGAGAGGAGGCCACAGCAGCAGCAAUCGAGCGAUUGGAAGUCAGCAGCUUAGCGCAGACCUCCAGUGCAGUGGCCUCGAGCACGGAUGGCAGCAUCAACGCAGACUCCGUUGACGGGACCCCAGAUCCUCAGCGUACAAAAGUCGCUAUCACACAUCUGCAACAGAAGAUACUGAAGCUGACCGAGCAGAUCAAAAUUGAACAAACAGCCCGUGAUGACAAUGUGGCAGAGUACCUGAAACUGGCCAACAACGCCGACAAACAGCAGAGCGCCCGCAUCAAGCAGGUGUUUGAGAAGAAAAAUCAGAAGUCAGCCCAGACCAUCUUGCAGCUGCAGAAGAAACUAGAACAUUACCAUCGAAAGCUGCGUGAGAUUGAGCAGAAUGGAAUCCCUCGGCAGCCAAAGGAUGUCUUCAGGGAUAUGCAUCAGGGUUUGAAAGAUGUUGGAGCAAAAGUCACUGGCUUCAGUGAGGGAGUGGUAGACAGUGUAAAAGGUGGGCUUUCCAGUUUCUCCCAAGCCACGCAUUCCGCAGCAGGAGCUGUGGUUUCCAAGCCUCGGGAGAUUGCCUCCCUCAUAAGGAACAAGUUUGGGAGUGCAGACAACAUUGCUAAUUUGAAAGACUCCUUAGAAGAAGGCCAGGAAGACGGGACAGGAGGCAAGGCUCUAGGUGUUAUUCAGAACUUUCAGUCAAGCCCAAAAUAUGGCAGUGAAGAGGAUUGCUCCAGUGCCACAUCAGGUUCAGUGGGAGCCAACAGCACGACAGGGGGCCCUGUGGGAGCUUCUAGCUCCAAAACAAACACUCUGGAUAUGCAGAGCUCAGGGUUCGAUGCAAUACUGCAUGAGAUUCAAGAAAUUCGAGAGACACAGGCAAGACUGGAAGAAUCAUUUGAGGACCUUAAAGUUCGCUAUCAGAGGGAUUACUCAUUAAUAAUGCAGACUCUGCAGGAGGAGCGGUACAGAUGUGAAAGACUUGAAGAACAGCUAAAUGACCUGACUGAGCUCCACCAGAAUGAGAUCCUCAAUUUAAAACAAGAGCUGGCCAGCAUGGAGGAGAAAAUUGCCUAUCAGUCUUACGAGCGAGCCCGGGACAUCCAGGAGGCCCUGGAAGCGUGCCAGACCCGCAUCUCCAAGAUGGAGCUGCAGCAGCAGCAACAGCAAGUGGUGCAGCUGGAGGGGCUGGAGAACGCCACAGCCAGGAACCUGUUGGGCAAGUUCAUCAACAUCCUCCUGGCUGUCAUGGCUGUCCUCCUCGUCUUCGUCUCCACUGUGGCCAACUGCGUCAUGCCCCUGAUGAAGACUCGCAAUAGGACGUUCAGCACUUUAUUUCUCGUGGUUUUCAUUGCCUUUCUGUGGAAGCACUGGGACGCCAUCAGCAGCUACUUGGAACGGUUCUUGUCUCCCCCCAGAUGAUGGCGGCAGGAGCUGCCCGCGGCUCCCUCCUCCCGACGCUCGUGGUGAGCAAACGUGGCAAAGAUUAGUCAGCACCUACUCUGCUGAAGUUUUAAAGUGUCCGAGUGAAUUUGUUUACAUUUAGAAUAACAUUUUUUCUCUGCGAGAUGCAUUGCAAUAGUAUUUUUUAGAUUUUAUUCAAGAACUCUUUUUGGCGAGAAUCCUGGAUAAUUUUUAUGUAGCAUGGUUCUCUUUGGAUGCAAAUCUUAAGAUUCUUUAAAGUGUACAAAAGAAAAUACAGAAAUUUGGAGCAUACCAAUGGGCAGUUUAAAUUGUGGCUCGAACUACAGUACUAAACCUGUCAGGAGGAAGAGAACGUGGGUGUUUUAAGUACGAGCAAAGCUAAAUCUAGUACACAGCCUUGAAUGAUGGUACCACAGCAAACCUGUAACACUAAACUUUUACUGUGAAGUCUGCUCACAUUCCAUGUCCAAAUGUAUGCGUUCAGAGUGGUUUCUUUCCUUACCAAGAGACAAACAGCAACGUGUGGAUCUCUUUUCCAGCUCGGCGUCUGGGUUCGCCGUUUGUGCUGACCUGACUUACAAUAACUUCCUGUAAGGCUGGCUGACUUUGCUAAGCGUAUGAAGUGGAAGCCUCAUGCCAUACACAGUAACAGCACAGUCGUGCUACAGUAUUUUGAAGUAGUCCUUGAAACACUUAUCUUCAAGCAGAAGCCCUUGGUCGCACUUUUAAGGUUUUUUUAAUAUAUGUAUAUUCACAGAUUUAAAAAAAAUCCAAACAGCAUACUUGAAGAGUGUAAUACUCAAACUCUCAGUGCUUCCUUAUUGUUUCUAAUAGGAUUUUUUUAUUAUUAUUAUUAUUAUUAUUAUUAUUAUUAUUGGGGUUUUUUUGGGAAGGGGCUGGGAGGGUCGUUACCUUUUCUUUUUCUUUGAAAUAAAGAAGUGAUGUUUUUAAAUGAAGAAAUGCGUGAAUAAUUGUGAGCCGUCUUGUCCUGAAACAGUUUUGAGGAGCGCAGAGAGGAGUUUCUAGUGCCAGCCUGUCUGGGACACAGCACUGUUCAUAUGCCAUUUAUCUGUCCUGCUGAGCACACAGAUGCAGCAUCAAGAAAAACAUCUGUCUUCUCCACACAUCUUUGUCAUGCAGGGCUCUCUUUUGUUCUUCCCUUCUUCCAGAUGUGAAGGAGAGUACCUUUAUAUUUCUCAUUUGCACAUCAUCUCUCAUUCCUAGCCUCAGGAUAAGAACAAGGAAUUUCUCUUCAUCCCGUCCUAGGGGAAAGACAGGUUCUUUUAAGUAAAGAAAUACUGAAUCAGCAGUCCGCUUAAAGGUUCCUUUGUCUCAGAAAUGUCUCUUGAUUUCAUUUUUAAAUAAACCCCUAAAAAGUGAAACCAAAGUUUUCUUCCUGUCAGGCUCUGGUAAGAUCAUUUGUGUGUCUGUGUCGAGAGCUUCUCUGAGCACUGUAUGUGUGUGGUGUGCCAUAGAGAGCAUCCUCCUCUUCAGCUGUGAGGGCAGGGACUUGGUGUGGAUACCUGCUAGAAGCUCUAAAGGGAACGCCAGCUUCAAAUGGAACUCACAAGUCCCAGCAACGAGCUCUUGCUGGUGACCCAUUGGUACCUGCAGGCAGGCUUCAUGGUCAAGGAAUCUGCCUUCACUCUGUGCUAGUUUUGUAACUGGUGUCCCUUUAACUCAAACAAAGCCAAGAUUCAACUUCCUUCUCCAUGAAAUCCAAAAGGACUCCAGGAUUCUCUUUCAAAAACAUUCAUGGUGUUUAGUUAGGUCUUGCCAUUUUCCUUUCUUCCACGCUCAAGUUCCCAACCAAAUGUUGCCCAAGUGACCUAAACCAGUUGAAAUGAUACAUGUGCCUGUAUGGAGUAUGUACAUCGUACAGAUACAUGCAGAAGCUGAGGGCUUUAUGCUGUGAUGCAAAUUCAAGGUUCUGAGAAACUCCCUCAAGUUAGGUUAAGAGCUUUGAGAGUAGUGUGAUUGCUCACAGAGGCAAGCUCAGCCCUGGGGCAGCCUUCUUCCCUCAAAGAUUCUGUCCAUUUUCCCACAGUCACAGGAAACUCAGGUACCUCCCGCCGCUCCCAGCACACCUCUGUCACCACGUGCACUAAUCUGCUCCUGUCCUGCCUACACCACAAAUUGCCAAUUGCAACUGACUCAAGCCAAAAAGAAACAUGCUUUUUACAGAGUUGCAGACAGAGCAAAGGUUGCAUCACUGUUCCCUCCUGAGACGUUUGGCUUCAGUGAGACUGCUGUUUACCACCUUCCCUGGCUGACUCAAGUGGGGAACGAUUGUCUUCCCAUGGUGUAGUUUUUGUCAGAAACAAAGGUGUGAAUAGUGGAACUGGGCACAUAAUUGAAAAGCUUUGUUGCCUUUUAUUUCUGAGAGCUGGCCAUUGCACCUCUGGUUUUCUCAGUUUGGAUCACAACAGAAUUGCUCAUGAUAGGUUUUUAUGUGGUCAGAGCAGGAAGGAGUUAAAAACCAAUGGAUCCAGACACUCAGUGCCACUCAUCCAUAGUGUUUGAAGGAAGCAUUUUUCCUCUUCUUUAUAUCCUCAUGUCAUUUAGUGUCUCAACUCUGUGGUCUAGUAAAUACCAUUUGCUAAUUUCCAGAAGGCACUGGCUUAAUAGAAACUUACCACCUCAAAACUGUUUGGUGAAGGCCAUGUACAUAUGGUUCUAGACAAUAUCUGUCUAUGUCUGUUUCUUUCUCUCUCGACAGUUUCUUGCAUUCCAGAGAGUUGUUUGCAGUAAUGCCAUAGAUGAUGCUGCAUCCACUUUUCAUAUCCUGACACAACUGCCAUGUGUUUUGCCUUUUGCAUUAGCAGAACAUUCUGGGGUUUUCCUCCCUCUUCAGUUUGAAAGCCUGUGAUGAUUUCUGAAAGCUUAACAGUGACUAUAUUGUCAGAAAUGUAAUUCUAGCUUUAAAGCUCCCUUUCCCUGUCAGUGGUUGUGUUUGCUUUCUUGAUGAAGCAUUUCUGGAUGACAUGGAGAAGGCAGUUUCUGCCGUGGAUGUGAGUGUGCGUGCGAGUACCUUUUAUUAGCCUUCCUUAUGGAUAUAAACCUUAGUGACCAUCUCUGAGUUGCAGAAUGUUUCCUAAAACAUUUCAUAGUCAGAGUUUAAAUGAAUCUGAAGUUGCUUGGGUGUGUUUAGCACAUAUCGACUUGGCCUAUAAAAAGGGAAGACUGUAAUGGACUUUGUUAGUUCAAGAAGCAGCAGCUCUUCAUUGAAUUUCUGUGGUUCAAAUGAAGCUCAUCUGUUUCCCUUAUUUGCUUUCUCAGUGUAAAGAAGCAAGAAAAGCUCGAUGCAAAAAAGAAAAGUUACCAUUUGAAAUUUUCUAAAGUUCUCUUUUCUCUCAUUAGUUCAGUUCAGUGACACUCAGUGUGCUCACAGCAGUUAUUUCACUGGUUUAUUCCAGUCCCAGGAGCUCUUAGGAUCUGAUCAGAUGAAAUGUUGACUUCUGUACAUGUUGCACUGGGGCAGCAAAGUACUGUCUUUCAGCUUUGAAAAGAUGCAUUUUUAAAGUUAAAAAAGCAGCAUUAUAACAAAAGAAGCCAAACUACAAAGGGGUUCAAGAUUGGGUAGUGUUGCCAGUUUUUAAGUGAAUUCUGAAUGUGGCUAAAGAGUUAAAAAUCCUGUGUGUCUGUGUUGUGUAUGCCAGGUGGUAUAGUAGUAGGCAAUUGACUUAGCUGUAAGUGUGUUUUAAAAGUGUAAAAAAAAUAAACCAGAAAAACUCACUUGCACGGGUUGAAAAGUACAGAAAUGACACUUGUGAACGUAACACUGUAGUUUAUAGAUCUUAAGCUGCUAAUUGUUGAGAGAGAUUUACAUUUGUCUUGUCUGAUUGUUGCAGAUUUAUCUGUGACACUUUUACUGUAUAUAAAAAACUUUAAAUAAAGAC